AUGAAACCGCAGGAGCCAAUAUCACCGAAAGAAUCUGACAUUCCCGUAGCAACAAGACAAGAACUGAGACGACAGAUAAAGACAUCUACACUUCUGGCAGCAGCUACUGAUUCAAGUGCGAAGCAUCGCAUAGGCUGGAAAAUUGUCAGCUGUUUAAGGACCUUACGAUUAGAGAAAGACUAUCGUUUUGUAUCCGACGUCGUCUAUGUUUCAACUACUUUAAGUCUCGACUCUGCCAUGGAAUACAGAGUGAAGAAAACUUGUUCUAUCUCCAGUUGCAGACGUCUGCACUAUGCUUUACUCCACGACCAGUCAAAAGAAACCGAUGAAUUAGUUCGUCCAGCCACUGCACGUACCGGCCAGUCAAGAAGAAAAAAUGCAGCCGUUGGCAUAAUCCAACUCGAUGUACUGGAUCCUAAGGGAAGAACCGUAAAAGCCAACGUGUUUCUCGACGAAGUUAGCGAUAGCACCCUUUUCAGGGAGGGAUUCAUUCGUCGGUUAAAGCUAAGAGGAUGUUCACAAACACACUCCAUGGAUGGCGCUGGAGGAGUCUUAAAGAAGUACACUUCACGUCACAUUCAACUUAGAGCAAGACUGCGCACAGGCGACUUGGUUACACUGCAAGAUUCGACCAUGCCUACUGUCGCGAGUGCGGUGGCGCUUGUGAAUUGGAACACAAUGAACAAACGUUGGAGACAUUUGGCAGACCAUCCUGUGGAAAGUAAUGGCGGAUGCGUGGACAUUCUUCCUGCAAUAGAUCAAAGACACCUGACGAAAGAUAUUGAAUCCCGGGUUGGACGAGAAAACGAAAAAACAUGGAUUUCCACUCGUCUUGGAUGGAUCGUAAGAGGAGUAAUCGGGACUACAAUCAGAAAUCUGAUGGUGAGGACACAUGCAGUGUUCGCAAACAUCGAAGAAGAAGGAGAUGCGUUGGCGAAGCAGAUGCGACGCUUCUGCGAUACCAAAGAUUUUGGGACGGAGUACAAGAUUGAUUGCGUUAUCGAAGCAGAUAGACAAACUAUCAAAAUUCUAGAAAGCGGAACAUGCAGCUUAGCUGUCGGUUAUGAGACCCCCAUCACUUGGAAGAUUGGGGAGCCAAAUUUUCCAAAUUACCGCCAUUUGAAUGAAAGUGGAUUGGCAACCCUGUUGCACCGGUUAAAACAAGAACCCAAUCAUGGACAGGAGUAUACAAAGGCCAUGGAAAAGAGCUUCGAAAAGGGCUAUGCUAUUGUGUUGGAAGAUGCCGACUACGGUCCACCGGAGUAUUAUCUUGCUCACCAUGGGGUGAGAAAGUGUACAAAGCUACGCAUCGUGUUUGAUGCUGCAGUACCGUUCAAGGGGAAAUGUCUGAACGACAGUAUCCUCUGUGGUCCGGCUUUACAAACCCCAAGGCCAUCAGUCAUCGUCAAAUUUCGGGAAGACAAGGAGACGCACGGUACUGCCGGUUUCUAUGGAAAAGGAGAGGAGGAAGCUCGCGUGUGUGAAAUGAAGAGACUCCCUUUUGGUGCUACCUGUUCGCCGUUUAUCGCAAUAAGUACCACCCGGAGAUUUGCUUCCGAUCUUAUUGAUGAUCCAAGACUCCGCCAAGUACUGGAAAAAGGUAUUGAAGAAGCUGUGGGUGUUAAUGAAAUUUUAGCAAAGGGAGACAUGCACCUGCAAGGUUGGAUUUCCAAUUCCGAAGCUUUUCUGAAAACAGUAGCACUUGCAAGCAUAGGUGUUAGUUCAAAUCUGUCCCAAUUUUUGUUAAGCAGUAACGACUCUGAGAAAGUCCUUGGCGUCUUCUGGAAUCAGAAAUCGGACACUCCGAAUUUUAAAGUUAGUGGGUUGGAAGAAUUAGUCUACACUCGCGCCGGAAUUGCAAGUCAAGUAGCGAGUCUGUUCGAUCCACAAGGGAUGGCAGUGUCUCUUAUCGUUAAAGCAAAGAUCAAGCUUAGAGAGCUUGGAACAAAAGGGCUCCAGUGGAACGAUAACGUCAGCAAUGAAAACCGUGAUUGGCGGGUUGAAUGGUUUACCACCUUUAUACAGCUCAACAACAUCGACAUUCCUCGCUGCUUAUUCCCAAAUGAAGAGAAUAUUGUAACGCGGGGAGUUACUUGA